UCUUCCCAACGUUUGAGAUGAAGACUUCACGGCCCGUUGGCCAAUGGCAUCCCGUGGCAUCCCAUGGUCCGUCAAGCCUGGCCUCGUCUCCGGUCUCGAGCGGCAGUUGCAGCAGUCCCAGGCUUCUUUGCUGCGCGUGAUCCCGGACACGAGGCGUUGACCGUCGAAAUCUUGGGUCCUGGUCGUGAACUGCGCCGUCGAUCCAUGAAGUUUGGCGGUGAGCUGCGUGUCACAGCCCACAAAGCAUCGCCGACACAAGCUUUGCCUCCUGGAUGGUGUCAGGAAUGGCGAGUGCUUCGGUUUAUUCCAGAAAGGGCCAGCUCAAAUCUUAUCCAGGCCAUCAACAAAGUGUGCAUUGACACCGACGCAAAAACAGAACAGUGCAGAAAUUGCCUGCUGAUGCCCUACACGAAGUCAAUUGUCAGCGCCGUCAUGUCGGUGCUAGUCAUGGUUGGCGCGCCUGUCUUUGAGUCGGCUGAAGAAAGGCCACUGAAAGUCCUUUGUAUUGGACUUGGUGGUGGCAGUAUUCCAUCAUUUUUGGUUGACAUGCUGCCAGGCUGCCUGGUGGAUGUUGUAGAGGUCGAGCCUGCAGUAAUCGAAUCUCUUGAAGCCAUGGGCUUUCAACCUGAUGACCACAUUCGUUUGUGGCUGGAAGAUGGUGCACAAUUUGUGUGCCGUGCUGUUGAUACAUUUGCCGUCGGGAAAGCUGAUGCCACUGGGCCGUAUGAUGCGGUGAUUGUUGACGCAUAUGAUGCCGACGGAUGUGUACCAGAUGCCUUCACCAUGGCGGACACUUUCUUUUCGCAGGCUUUGGCUGCUGGACUCCUUUCACAGCGAAGCGUCUUAGUAACAAACUUUCUACCUGGUACCGAUCUGGGGCCGGUGCUGAGUUGCCAGGCGGAGGCGUUGAGCAAUCGUAGUGACUGCCUCUCCUUCGCCAUACAAGCAGAGGGAUCUGGCUGCUUGCCAGCAUGCAAACACCUUUUCACGUGCACAUUUGCAGUAUAUAUUUUGAGAUUCCAGGCAACCUUUUAGCACUGCAAGUUUGUGGAUCUCCAAUGCGCCGGCCAACAAAAGCGGAGCUUCGUUUGCGGCUUUGGCUGGCAGCUCGCACGGUGGAAAGCAACACCACCUGCCCAUUUCGUGUCUCACGCCUUGUUGCGAAGGGACUCCAGCAAAUUCAGAUCCGCGG